UGUUGAUUGAUUUUCAUCAUAUGUGUACUGUCGCUCGCGACACAGCAGACAGAACCUAAUCUUUACCAUCAUCACAUUAGGAAUGUACAGAGACAACAAGGGGAUCAGUCUUGAGCAUCAGCAGAAAUGUUCCAACCUAUAAGUGUUUAAAUUUUACCCUCCGCUGAAUACUGAGUGCUGUGUUUGCAAAUUUUAAUCAACAUGAAUCGUGUAACGAAGCUCUUUCAACCUACCGCUCCCAUACCAAAAUCUCUCCAGGAUUCGAACAUCAUUAAAAGUCAAAGGAUGAUGCUAGAGCAAGGUGUCAUUAGGGCGGCCACUUCCACAGGGUUGUAUACUCUACUUCCCCUUGGCAUGAGAGCCUUAAAAAAACUUGAAGUCAUAGUGGAUCGUUUUAUGGAGAAGGUUGGAGCACAGAGGCUUCUGCUUCCAACCCUAACUUCCGAUAAACUCUGGAAGCAGUCAGGUCGUUUGGAAGAGGCUAAAGCAGGUAGUGAACUUUUUCUUCUUGAAGACAGACAUCAGAGGCAGUACAUAUUAGGUCCAACUCAUGAGGAGGCUAUCACAGAAAUGCUAGCAGCUGAAAUAGGACUAUCUUACAGAAGACUUCCGCUCCUCCUUUAUCAGGUAUCAAAUAAAUACAGAGAUGAGCCCCGUCCGCGCUAUGGUCUCUUGCGAACCAGGGAGUUUGUCAUGAAAGAUAUGUAUUCAUUCGAUGCUAACGCAGAAAAUGCUCUUGAAACUUACCAAUCUGUCACUGAAGCAUAUAAUGGUAUUUUUCAAGAGCUAGGUGUAAAAUAUGUGAGGGUGGAAGGGGAUUCUGGCAUGAUGGGUGGUAGUAUGUCACAUGAGUUUCACUAUCCCUGUGAAAGUGGUGAAGAACAGAUAAUCCAGUGCCAAAACUGUCACAACUCAUCUAAUGCAUCUUUACUAGAGAGUCCAGUUUCUUCUUGCCCUCACUGCCGUUCCUCAGAUAUUACUAUAAUGCAUGGCAUUGAGGUGGGUCACACAUUCAUCCUGGGUACAAGGUACUCACAGCCGAUGAAUGCUACGUUUACUGCUGACGACAAUACCAUACAGCCAUUAAUCAUGGGUUGCUAUGGCUUGGGCCUUUCCCGAAUCCUUGCAGCCUCUGUUGAAGCCUUGUCACUACCCACAGAGUUGCGUUGGCCAUUAUCAAUCGCUCCUUAUAAAGUCUGCAUAAUCACACCCAAACAUGGUAGCAAAGAAGAAGCUGCCUCUGGUCUGACGCAGAGUUUGUAUGACCUAAUAGAAUGCAAUCAAGCUUUCAAAAAUGAUGUAAUUGUUGAUGAUCGUACUAACUUAUCAAUUGGACGCCGUUUACGAGAGGCGAAACGAAGUGGGUACCCUUUAAUUAUUGUGAUAGGGAAGAAAGCUACACAAGAUAUUCCCAGAUUUGAGGUUUUUGAUCUCAUCAAUAAUCAAGAAUAUGAGUGGACUGAUGGAUCACUAGCAACUAGGCUUAAGGAAUACUGUGCUGACACAUGAUUGUGUUCUAAAUUUCUUGUCAUCACUACGCAUGUUCCAAGACUGAUGGCAAGCUUUAUAUAUGGAUGCCAUUGCAAAAUAUUUUGUAUCAAGCUUUUGAUAAUUUUAAAGUUUUAUUUUUGUGUCAAAGGAGAUAUUAAACAGAUAUCUUUUGCAA